AUGGCUUUUAUUAAUUUGAGUUUAUUUAUAACCUUUCUAUGCCUGCAAUUGACAAUCGUAUUUACUAAAGUAUCAUGGGAAAGUUGUGAAAGUGAAUCAAAUGAUAUCAAACUGCUAGAUCUUAUAGUAAGUCCGGAUCCAGUUGUGGCUCCUGGGUCAAUUUCUGUAAUAGCUACUAUCUAUACUAAUCAAAAGUUAACAGAUCCGGCAACAGCCUUGAUAAAAAGAAAAGUUUUUAUAUUUUAUGUUCCAAUUCCUUGCGUCUUUCGUUCAUGUGAAUUUGAUGAUGUUUGCACUUCUUGUAAACAAUGUAAUUGUCCAAAGAAAGAAGGAAUACAUACAAUGAACAUUACAAUGAAAAUUAAUUCUAUACCAUCGGUGCUUGCUGGAGAUUACGCAGCACAAAUCGAUAUAGAAACUAGUUCAAAAGGACGAGGUUGUAUUAUAAUUAAUAAUAUAUUUAUUGAAGCAAAUAAAUGA